AUGUCAGCUGUCAACAAGGCCGCACUUCCGAACGACGUCAUAUGUGAGGAAAAAAUAGACAUUCUCGUCGUCACCGUAACCUGGAUACCAUCCGAUGCCCAACGAGUUGUUUUAAAAAAUUUGGCUCCCUUGGCCAACCGGUCUUAUUUCAACAAGCUUUCUUCGUUGGCCAUAAUCUACCGUUUAUCAUCUGUGGCGACUUCAACGUACCAGCACCUCUCGGAUCACAACAUUAAGUGCUUCAACUCAACGCUCUUCAAACUAUCAUCGACAAUCAUCCAUAACUGCCGUCGCAGCUUUCGUCGUUUAAAUUACACGUCAUUCGAAAAUGAUUUAUACAGAACAUUUGAAGAUUUGCUUACACAAGAUAAGUUUGCGUCAGCUCUAAACACAACUUUGAAUGACAUCGUCAACUAA